AUGACUCUCCUUAUCCUCACCGAAACCUCCGCCGGUUACGCUCUGCUCAAAGCAAAAGACAAAAAGCUUCUCAAACGAGAUGACCUUGCCUCAGACCUCGUCGGUGUCGAAAACGUUACCUCGCUACUCAAACUGAAAGAAUUCCAAAAGUUUGACAGUGCGGCUGCGGCUCUGGAAGAAGCUGCUGCCAUUGUAGAAGGAAAAGUCACACCAAAGCUCGCUUCACUUCUUGAUACACUCAAAGAUGAGAAGAAAAUCUCACUCGCUGUGGCCGAUCCAAAGUUGGGAAAUGCUAUUGGAAAGCUACCUGGCUUGGACAUAAAGGCUGUUGCUGACUCCACCACUGCUGACCUGUACCGAGCUAUUCGAGAACACCUACCCUCGCUGAUACCUGGCCUGCUGCCCGAUGAUGUGAAGACGAUGUCCUUGGGUCUUUCGCAUUCACUUGCAAGACACAAGUUGAAGUUUUCGCCAGACAAGAUCGAUGUCAUGAUUGUCCAAGCCAUCGGGUUACUGGAUGAUCUAGACAAGGAACUUAACACAUACGCAAUGAGAGUCAAAGAGUGGUACGGAUGGCAUUUCCCCGAAAUGGCCAAAAUCCUUAACGACAACCUCGCAUAUGCAAAAGUGGUAUUGAAAAUGGGCAUGCGCACAAAUUGGGAGUCGAGCGACCUGGCUGAAAUCCUGCCUGAGGAGAUAGAGGCCGCUGUCAAAGCUGCUGCAGAUCGAUCAAUGGGAACUGAAAUUACCGAAGAGGACCUUGAGAACAUUCAGAGUCUUGCCGAACAAGUGGUGCAAUUUACUGAAUAUCGAACUCAACUGGCAAGUUAUCUUUCGGCAAGGAUGGCAGCCAUUGCCCCCAACUUAACGGCACUUGUCGGCGACUUGGUCGGAGCACGAUUGAUCGCUCAUGCGGGUAGUCUGAUGAACCUCUCCAAGAGUCCGGCUAGUACCAUUCAAAUUCUUGGAGCUGAAAAAGCCCUUUUCCGUGCUCUCAAGACAAAACACGACACCCCGAAAUACGGUCUACUCUAUCACGCAUCACUGAUCGGUCAAGCAUCGGGGAAGAACAAGGGCAAAAUGGCUCGUGUGCUUGCUGCCAAAGCUGCAUUGGGUUUGAGAGUGGAUGCUUUACAAGAUUGGGGCGAAGAUGAAGCCGAUAUUCCUGAAGACGAGAAAGCUGCACUUGGUCUAGGUGCGAGAGCACACCUCGAACGAAAACUGGCAGCACUAGAAGGCAAGCCUCUCAAGCCAAGAGGGGUGGGCAUCGCACCGAAUGGAAUUCCAAUUACACAACAACCCAAAUGGGAAAUAAAGGAGGCCCGAAAGUAUAACCCGGAUGCUGAUGGGCUUGCUGGUGAUGAGGCACCGGCGAAGAAGGAAAAGAAGUCGAAGAAGGACAAACUUAUCGAAGAAAUUCCAGAAGUGAAAAUGAAGGAUCAAGAAGAUAGUGAUCCAGAGGCAGAGUCUCAACCAGAUGAAUCCAUCGACUCCGAGGAGACUGCUGCGAUUGUCCCAGCCAGCGUCAAUGGCGUCAAUGGCGACUCUGAGAAGCUAUCCAAGAAGGCUUCGAAAGACAAGAAGAACGCUGCCAAGUCCGAGAAGAAAUCAUCGAAGAAGUCGGUGGAGGAGCUUGCUGCGCUUGCUGGACUCAGUGUCUCCAGAUACGAGCGAAAACUUGCACGAGGUGAGAUUGCAUUCUCAGAGGAUGGUACGCCAUCAUCUAUAUCAAAGAAAGAGAUCAAGAAGGAGAAGAAGAAGGCGAGCAAAGCCGAGGUCAAUGGUGAACUCGACGGCACUAAGAAGCGCAAGCGGUCUGAGGAUGAUGCCGAGCCUACCAAGUCGGAAAAGAAAAAGAAACGGAAAGAGAAGGCAUAG